CUCCCCAACUAAGGGCUGGCAAAGCCCCAAGCUGCUCCUGAUUGGCUGCCGAGGUCCAUCCAUCCCAGAUAUUGGAAAGGCGCUUGACACCGCUUCUGACAAACAAUGUUUUUAGGAGUUGCAACUUUCCCCCCCUGCCGAAAUUCUACAGGAAAAAAAUAUCCCACCAUGGGCAGUUUCUUCAUUUCUUAUUGCUGCUUCUUUCUCCCCAUACCGCCACUUAUUUGGUUCUGAAAAUGUAGGGAGAUUCUGAUGAAGAUGCAGAGCCCAGUGGCCUCUUCCCAUAUAAACCCCUUCAUCCCAGUCAGACAUUUGUAUGGAUAAGACUCAUUUGUCAGAAACAGCCACUGAGUUGUGUACCCAUCGCAGCACAGAAGGGCACAAAAGAAAGAAAAUGAGUGAUGAUCGCGCAGGAGCAGCCCUCGAGUCCUAGGAAGAUGUGAAGCUGAUGAUGGUGCAACAGGUGCAGCAGCGGCCCCGCUGCGAGUGUGCGCCAAGUGAGCCCUGACACAUAUAGGAGACGCCUGCAGAAUGGGCUACUGGACUUUGCAUGUAAUGAGGACAACAUUGGGACUGAGUAAAAACACAAUGAAUAAAGCAACCAGACUGCAGGGGGACACGGAGCAAGCAACAGUCACCAUCACACCAUGACCGGGUGACAGGCCGCAGGCUGAUCAGCAGAUCCAUGUGAAACACCAAACAGAGGGGAAAACUUGGAUGGACUCCACCACUGUGCAAAGAUAUUUCUCUUUUUAAAAUGUACAUUAACUUGCCCAGAGCACCCAGUGCCUUUGAUCAUACAAUGUGGACAAGUUAUUUAAAGGAUACGCAGGUGUCUGGCUCUUUGCUCCACUUUGAAGAGGAACAUGUGCUCAGACAAAUGACAGUCACAGAUCUGCUCCCCUACAGGCAAUCCGGCCCAUUUAUUUAGGGCAAAUGUUUCAGAUUUGGGAGACGAUGGUCUCCAGAAGUCAUUUGGGCCUACCUCUUAGACUUUAGUGCAACGUGAAAGGGAGGGAGCUGAGUAAUAUCUUCUCAUUAUAAAAUGGUCACGUCCCUGCUCAUGUUUUACUCUUACCAGUUUAUAGUGAAGUGUGAUACACUCAGAUAUCUGGGGGUAAGUGUUUAGGCAGAAGAUACAUUUGGAGCCAGGCUUGGCUGUCCUUCUGCUUGGUGACAAGGCCCUGAAUGAAUAAAAGCAGCAAAGUUCUACCUGGGCACUGAGCAGCCUUACGACAUCUUAUUAUUCACAGCAUAUUUAGAAAUAUUUUCUCGUCCAAUUACAAGCCACAAGGUUUAUUUAGCGCACGCUGACAGUUGCUUGGCUACUUGUAAUCAAUUGAAUUGUCCAUUUUUUAAAAAUUAGAAUACUUUUGUAAAAAAUUGGAAUAUUCCUAUCUGUCUGCCCCUAAAGUUCCAUGUUAUUGCUGUUUUUUCAUAAGUGGAUUGUUCUUUGUGUCCAGCUGUUUUCUUAUUGCUCACACUCUGUUGUAUAUACAAGCUGAGCAGCAAUAGUGAGUGUGUGAUAGUACCAAGUGAGUCUGUCUCCUGCCUCGUUCCUUGUUAUUAACCUGUCCCUGUCUCUCCACAGGGUCAGUUCUUGUUUGAUUCUCAUGCAGCUCUGGGCUUUAAGACCUUUUCAUAAUGUUUCAGACAUGUAAAUAUUUGGUAACCAUUAGAUUCUUCAUUAGCGCAAAUACAGUAUGCCAAUCUCACACUCUUACACACUCACUAUAAUAAAUAUGCCCUCAGCAUACACAUACAUAUAUACACCCCUUAUUCACUACACUACUCACUACAGCACAUACAGUGUAUAUAUACCCCUUAUCACUAACUACUCACUGCAGCACAUAUAUACACCCAUAAUUCACUUCACUACUCACUGCAGCACAUAUAUACACCCCUUAUUCACUACACUACUCACUGCAGCACAUAUAUACACCCCUUAUUUACUACACUACUCACUUCAGCACAUAUAUACACCCCUUAUUCACUUCACUACUCACUGCAGCACAUAUAUACACCCCAUAUUCACUACAUUACUAACUGCAGCACAUAUAUACACCCCUUAUUCACUACAUUACUCACUGCAGACACAUAUAUACACCCCUUAUUCACUACACUACUCACUGCAGCACAUAUAUACACCCAUAACUCACUACAUUACUCACUGCAGCACAUAUAUACACCCUUAUUCACUACACUACUCACUGCAGAACAAAUAUACACCCCUUAUUCACUACACUACUUCUCAGACACAUAAGCACAAGUUAUAUAGUGGGUUAUGUGUGUCAUUGGCACCACCACCUUUCGCUACAAACCUGCACAUUUAAACUCAUUAACUCACACUUGACAGUAGUUGUUACGUUAACGGAAAAAAACUAAGUAAAUUAAAAUAAUAGUUACCUAACAAACAGCAAAUAAAACUAUGUUGUAGUGCUCCAAGCACUGGAUGCCGCCACAACACAGUACACUAGGAGCGGAUACACUAAAUACUAGUCAGUUGCUAAACCUGUUUAGUUGUAGCUAUAGAGUGCGACAAAAUUGCAGCGAUUCGGCAGUCCUUUCAUCAGACUAGACUUUCCUGUUUAGUCACACAUUGUUGCUAAUAACUGGGUUAAGCAACCGAUCGGAUGGAUGUGCUGCUCCUGCUAAACUGAUUUAAAAAAUGAAAUAAACCAAUUAAUGUAUAAAUAUAUAUAUGGAGGGUGGCAUAUUUUUUUUUCUCCAAGAAGACCAGCAACUGUUGGCUGUUAACUGUUAAUAUGCUCAUACAAAUAUAAUCUUUAUUUUUGCACAAAACUUCCUGUGUUGCUGGUCUUCUUGGUGGAAAAAAAAAAAAAAAAAAAUAUAUAUAUAUGUAAAGUGUAAUUGUUUUUUCUUCAGGAUAUAUCUUUAUUCAAAAGUUUCGACCCAAACCUAGGACCUGUGUGCACCAACAUAUACUUAUCUUUAUAUUGUGUAACUUCUGGGAGCACCAGGGUAUGUGGCUGAACUACAAGUGUGUGCAGUAGCCUUGGAAGAGAUAUAUUAUACAAUUCCAUAGCAGCUGUUGGCAUAACAACUACUGUGGAAUUAUAUCCUUACCCACCCCUUUAUCAUUCAGUACAGUUCCACAGGGUAUAUAUAUUAUUUGGGCUAUGCAGAUAACAAUCAUAUCCUUUUAUUGGACCUUCCAUAAGUCUAUGUUACAUUUCAGAACUUCCAUUGACAAUGAAUGGCCUGUCUCUUCCAGUGUGAAAGAAUGACCCGUUAGGCAGAAACAAUGUGGUCUCACUGUGUAAACCAGCGCUGCCAUUAUUCCAUUACACACACUUGGAUUAACACAUAAUGAAACAAUCACGAAGUGAAGUUACAACACCCCCUCCCCCCCCCACAUAUAUAUAUAUAUAUAGGCAUUGCCAUAGAGAGAUUGAUUUUAAUCUUUCAUUGGAAGGAAAAGGACAUGUAGAUUUGCAUCAGUUAAUAUGUGAUUGCGCCAGACAUAACUGCAUGUGCAAACACAAUGAACAUAGGGCUAACCUAUACAUUCCUUAGAUAUUUGGCAACCCCUUGCACAAUCUCACAUACACAAAUUCUUGCAGGGGUAGGUGUGGACCUGAGCCAGGAACUACUGGCUGCUGAAUAUGUUGGAAAUGAGUAGGGAAGCGCUAUUUAUCUACUAAGUGAUCUGCGCCCAGGCUUUGCUGUCACAGACAGAUUGGGCUGUAGUUAGAGGAGUUGCUGCUCUGCAGACAAGCCAUGGAGUCAUUGUGCCAUUCCCACAUAUUCAUGAGGCUCCACAUUAACCCGUGAUGUGCCAUUUGGAAGCAGCGCGUGCUCUUUCUAUAAAGGGAACAAAUAAAUUGCCAGAAAAAGAAAAAAAAAGUUUGGUGCUAUCAUUUUUCGUUCCUCUCUCUGAAUCCGUAAAGAAAAAAGAAAAAAAGGACUAGUGACCGGGGAUAGUUUAUUAUUGCUUGAGUGGAGGGGGAGAAUAAUGGUGCGCGCAGGCGCAGUGUCACGUUCUUCGCCCCUCACACUCAAUCCUUUCAGGUUUCAGCAGGAGCUGUCAGGCCAGACGCCAAUCAGGCGGAGGCGGCCAAUCAGAGGCGCGGGUUAUUGUUGCGCUCUCUGGGCAGUAGCCUUGUCUAUGAAUCUCUAUUCAGUGGCUCGAUGCUUCCUGCUGCUGCUUCCCAAGCGCAGGGGAUUCCACGUAGACAUUAAAGCAAAAAAAAAAAAAAAAAACUUGAAAAACUUUGAGACGGGGGGAAGGGAAAAGUUUUUAUUUUAUUCUUUUCCCACAGCCAGGUGAUUGUAGAAUUAGCAGCCAUGAGUGUGGAAGCUUUGGGGAACACAGGGAUGGAGCCUCCAUUUACAAAGCGGAACCCGGCGCUGAGAUUAGUAGACUUGGCAGGGGCGCAUCAUCCUCAUCAUCAUCAUCAUCCUCCUCACCUCCCUCAGAGCGUGACUGGCUACCCGGGGUAUGUGGCUCAUUCCCACUCAAUGGCUCAUGUGCACCCUGGGGAGUUCGCUGCUGAUUCUCGCCUAGGGCCAAGUGCUGCUUUCCGGACAGAACACAUAGGGCAUCCAGGGGCCCUGAAACUCAGCCCUGCCCAUAACCCUCACCACCGCCACCAUCACCACCACCAUCAUCAUCAUCAUAUGGCAGGCCACGCUGAAGUCGCCUCCAGUCAAACAGGAGCUUUUGGGCCGGCUCAGUCACCAGCUGGAUCCUACUCAUCUCUCCCCCAUCCAGCUCAGGCAAUUUGUGCAGCAGGUAGGGACUGGCUAAUAGGCAGAGAUGUGACAGUACCAGUCAUGCCAGGUCUCACUGAGCAACACUCACCAUCUCACCAUGGAAUGUUUCUUUCAACAACAGGUAGCUACCAUGGGCACCACACGGAAGCUGGAAGCCAUCCCUACUUCUCUGGAGCUCCUGAGCAAGCGUCCCAUGCCACCCCAGGUGGGCAGCCUCUGAACGGCCACAUAAGACUGGGGCUACCUGGAGAUAUGUACACCAGGUCUGAUCAUUUCUCCCAGCCAGUUACUAGGACAGAUCAUUUUGCCUCUCCAUCUCUUCACAACUACUGUGGCAUGAACCUCAACAUGAACAUCACUCCUCACCACCAUGGCCCUGGAGCCUUCUUCCGUUACAUGAGACAGGCUAUCAAACAAGAGCUCAUCUGCAAGUGGAUAGAGGAAGAUCAGCUCCCCAAAAAACUCUGCUCUAAAACUUUCAGCACCAUGCACGAGCUGGUCACCCAUGUCACCGUGGAGCACGUUGGGGGCCCAGAGCAGUCCAACCACAUCUGUUUCUGGGAGGAAUGUCCAAGAGAAGGGAAACCUUUCAAGGCUAAAUACAAACUGGUCAACCACAUCAGAGUGCACACAGGUGAAAAGCCUUUCCCUUGCCCCUUCCCUGGAUGUGGCAAAGUCUUUGCGAGAUCAGAAAAUCUCAAGAUCCACAAAAGAACUCACACAGGAGAAAAACCGUUCAAAUGUGAGUUUGAAGGAUGCGACAGGCGCUUUGCCAACAGCAGCGACAGGAAAAAGCACUCUCAUGUCCACACCAGCGACAAACCCUACAACUGCAAAGUGAGAGGCUGCGACAAGUCGUACACACACCCCAGCUCGUUGAGGAAACAUAUGAAAGUACACUGCAAAUCGCCACCUCCCAGCUCAGGCUACGAAUCCUCCAUCCCCUCCCUAGUGUCCCCCUCGUCAGACUCAGGGCAGGACCCUGGGGCCACGUCCUCUCAACCUGAGCCUCCGACAUCAUCGCAGGGAGCCAACCUGAGCGAGUGGUACGUGUGUCAGCAGGGCUCAGCGGCUAGCGGCAUCCCUACUCCUCCCAGCAACACUCCCUCACCUGAGCAUAGGAAGCCGUCCUACAGCAACUGGCAAGCCACAAACACUUUCUAAACUUCAGGCGAUUCACUCUCACCACUGACUUUAUAAAGACUUGUGAGAGGGGACCCGUGUGAAUUGCUAAGGGCUCCAGUGUAGGACACAUUCCAUUUGAUUCCAUUUGCUGUGCUUAAAAGGGAAGUCUUGACUUCUUGUGGGUCUCUGUUUUUUUUUUAAUUAUUUUUAUUUAAUAAAAGCACAAACAGGUUUUCCCCCUGUCCCCUUGCUGGUCGUGCAUAUUGUUCAACAACAACAAGCCAAAGUGUUUUGUUAAUGUAGGCAAGAUCAAUUGCCCAAAGCUCACACUGUCCCCCUGGCUCUUCUGUUUUAUAUUAAAGCUCUUUUUGUUACUGCUUUGUAUAAAAAUCCACUUUUCUCAGUGACUACUGCCAAUCAUACUGCAGCUGAAGGUCAUCCCAAGGGGACUGUUUGCUGGGAAUCAAAUGAUGCCGGGCUCAGGGUGGCCUCCUACUGUAUCAAGUGUGUUCCUUGCAGCAGGAUUGUGCGAUUGUCCUUGUACAGUUACAGGCAGAGCUUUCAGCUUGUGUGUGACAUGUUUCCAUGUUAAAGAUACAAUGUGGACGGUGAAUUCUUCAUGUCUUGUAAAUAAAUUUUUUUAUUAUUAUUGUGGAAAA